AUGGUUCUGUUCCGCAAGCUCCUUAAAGCAAUACUCGCUGACAACACCACUCAAACCAAAGCCCGAACCUUUAUCACCUCUAUUUCCGCAUUCCCCUGGUACGCUCCUCACCACAACAACCGCCUCUUCCUCUCCCCACCAUGUAACAGAUUCCUCUCUCCCGGCCCAUGCCUUGGCCCAGGUCCAGGCCCAAGCCCAGGCCCUGGCCCUCUCUUCCUCAAUCGCCCCCCGUGGAAACUGUCUCAAUCCGCCACCCCUCUCUAUUUGCACGGAAACGUCGUGGUUUUCCCCAAGGUUCACCCCUUCAAUUUGCUUCGCUCCACAUCUCCUCUUCCUCUCCGCUUCCCUGAUCCUGUUCCCUCCAAUUCCGAAGACCCUUCCCUUUUCCACAGCUUCGUCAAUCUCCCUAAUUUAAUUUCCUUCUCCCGUUUACUUUCCGGUCCUCUUCUCGCAUGGAUGAUCUCCAACGAGUUGUAUACUUCAGCUAUUGUAGGGUUGGCUCUAUCUGGAGCCACUGAUUGGCUGGAUGGAUACGUGGCUAGGAAGAUGAAGAUAGAUUCCGUAGUGGGUUCCUACCUUGAUCCCCUUGCUGACAAGGUUCUUAUUGGUUGCGUUGCUCUUGCCAUGGUGCAUAAAGAUCUACUACAUCCUGGACUUGUUAGUCUUGUUGUGUUUCGGGACGUCUUCCUCGUUGGUGGUGCAGUAUUUAUAAGAGCAAAUAGUUUGGGUUGGAAGUGGAAAAGCUGGUUUGAUUUUUUCAACCUUGAUGGGACUGGCCGCCAAAAGGUUGAACCGCUCCUUCUAAGCAAGGUGAACACAGUGUUCCAAUUAGCACUAGUUGCUGCUGCUCUUCUUCAACCAGAGUUUGGAACCCAGGAAACACAACCUUAUAUUACUUAUUUGAGUUAUUUAGUGGCUUCGACAACAGCGGCAACUACUGCAGCAUAUGGAGCACAAUAUUUUAGGCGAUUUGCAGUAGUAUCAAACUCGGUCUAG